UUUAGUACUCGGAUGGCUUUAGUACUAAAACCCUAACCUCACAAAUGUGAAACGUCAAAUUGAGGUGCAGGAAAAUAUUUUUAUACCGUGGUUUUUUUGUGUUUUUGAACUGUUAAUAGCGUGAUUUUUGGUGAAAAAACCGGAUGAAAUGUCGCAUAGAUUGCAUGAGUUGAGGUACAAGACCUUCGAGGAACUGUCAAGCCACUAUGCUGUUCCCAACCUGAAGAAACAGAAAAUCCAGGCGCUCUGCAAUUCAGCCACGAAGCUGUACAGUGAGGCUGAGAAGCAAUAUGAUUUGCAUGAUGAAGAACAGAGUUUCAUCUUCUACAUGAAGUACUUCAAUGUACUGACGGCAAUAAAAGGCUCCAAGGAAUUUCCCAGUCAGAAAAAUUACAUAUCAGCUCUGCUGGGGAAUCACCAGAAGAAUAGCAAAGCUAUGGAGAGGGCUGAGCAAUUGUCACUGAGUCUCAAGAAGAGGUAUGAGCUGAUGAGGAGGAGCGAAGAGUGCGAAAUGGUGGUGGAAAGUCCUGGAGGAGUUGAAGAUCGAGAUGAGCCAAUAAAGCCCCACAAAGAAACAUCGAUUGGGAGUCAAGAGCUAUUUUCGAUGAUCCAGAAUGGACAACAAGACAUCCUGAUACUCGAUUGUCGUCCCAAGAAGGAUUUCAUGGCAUCGAGAUUGCUGUUCAGGGACUGCCUCAACAUUCCACAAGAGGUCAUCCUUCCGGGAAUGACUGCUGGACGGGUAUAUCAGGUGUUAGAGGCACCUGAGCGUGUCAUGUGGAACUCCAGGAGUAAGAAGGAGUGGGUAGUGUUGAUGGAUUGGAGUUCAAAAGGGAAGAAUCCAGUUAGAAACACUACACUUUGGUGUUUGUGGGAUAUCCUGGAGAAUUGGGAUCCGGAUGUCACUUACAGUCAUUUAGUGAUGCUGGACGGUGGAUAUGAGGAUUACAUCCUAAGAUAUCCAAUGCAUAGUACAAAUCCCAAGGCUCAAGCUCCGGUAGUUCAGAGUCAAGAUGGCAAUCUCCUGGAGGAGAUUGAGUAUCCAUCAAUUGGUGACAUUGUGAUGAAGAGAGAUUCCUUUGCCAAGGAAGUCACCAGAAGUUAUCCUAGUGUAGACAGAGGGGCCAAGGCAGCUGCCAUUGUGACUUAUGAACAGAAGGAGAAGUACAUGCAGGAUCUGCUGAGGGAGCAGGAGAAUAUCACAGACAAAGUCUUGAGCACUGAAAUGGAGCGUCUGAAGGCCGAAAAGACCUGGGAGGAACUGAAUCAGAUUAAGCAGGAGAAGACAGCUGUGGAGGAACAAAAUCAGGCCCUGCAGGCGAAGGAACAAGAACUCCUCUACAGCAUGCUUCAGCUGGAGAAUAAAGAAAGAGACUACGUGGCAGAAAAUGAACGACUCAAGCGACAACUGGAUGAGUAUCGACAGAAGGAGGCGGAAGUUGCAGCUGCAACUCAGAAAGCGACGCUAGAGAGGAUUCAGGAGAAGGAGAGGGAACAGAAGCGACUCCAGGAGCGUCGGAAGAUGCUGGAGAUGGAGCGCGAGAAGAAAUUGAAAGUCGCGAGGGAACAGAAGAAGAUGCUGAGGGAGAAUAAGGAGAAUGUUGAGAUUCCCACAAUUAAUCGAGCCGAAAAGCCUCAGAAUCUCAUGGGAAUGGCUGAAAUUCCGUCCAGAGGAAUUAGGGACCUGGCACCAGUGAUGGGAAAUGUAGACAGAGGCCUAACAGGACUCAAGAAUCUGGGUAAUUCGUGCUACAUGAACAGCGUUGUUCAGUGUUUGAGCAAUUCGAUCAGUUUGACGGAUUACCUAGUGCAAGGGGGUUUCCGGAAGCACAUAAAUCGCUCAGGAAGGACCCAGGGACGCAUUGUGGAGGAGUUAGCAGCUGUCCUGGAGGCUCUGUGGUGCGGUAGGUACAAAUUUAUCUCCCCAGUUCAUCUGAAACAAACCAUUGGAGCAGUUCAGUCGAUGUUCCGGGAUUUUGAUCAGCAGGAUGCUCAUGAAUUCCUCACAAUUCUCAUGGAUAUGCUGCACCUUGAUCUUCAGACAAUAUCCACGGAUAGGCAUCUGAGGGAGGAUUUACCGGUGAGCGAGAAGGCUUGGCUACAGUUCACAAAGUCCCAGGAGAGUUGCAUUCUGAGGCUGUUCUAUGGCCAGAUAAAGUCCACGGUCAAGUGCAAGGAAUGCAACAAAGAAAGUGCCACUUAUGACAGUUUUUCCAAUCUGAGCCUAGAGCUGCCGGCUACGAAUAGUCGUUGCCACAUUGAAGAUUGCUUUGACAUGUAUUUCAAUGGGGAAAAUAUUGUGGGAUGGAAUUGUCCAGGAUGUCAUCAGAGUCGAAGUGCUGUGAAGAAAUUGGACAUUAGCAAACUUCCUCCGAUUCUUGUAAUUCAUCUGAAACGAUUUUAUGCCGAUGGCAGCACUGCCUUGUCCAGAUAUUCCAAGAAGCAUAACUAUAUUAGUUUCCCGCUGAAGAAUCUGGAUCUAAGUCCCUAUCUCACGCGAUCUGAAAAGAAUUCCCGGAAGAUGUAUCACCUUUAUGCAGUGUCCAAUCACUAUGGUACCAUGGACAGUGGACACUACACGGCCUUCUGCAGGAAUCCCUUCCUGGGCCGAUGGUUCAAAUUUGACGAUCAUCAAGUCAGUUCAAUGGACAGUGGAGAUGUUCAGUCAUCAGCUGCAUACAUUCUCUUCUACACUUUCAUUCCCAAUCCAUAGAAAUUCCGAGUAUUUCCCAGUCACUUCUAAAGGACCCGAGGGAGGAAUUGAAUCUAUUAAAUUUAUUGCAGAGGCCUGUCGAAGCCAUGAAAUGGAAAAUUUGAAAUUCUCUGUUUUCGGGCUGUUAAAUUUGGAAGAUGAUGUAUAUAAUGAUUAUUUUUUAGCUUAAAUAAAAGAAAAACAUGAUUUUAUGAAUUUAUCAAGCAGGGUGCGAACGAAAUGAAACAGAAUGAAUCAAAUAAAUAAAAUUUGAAGAGUA